UAAUUUAUAAAUAACUCAUUUUUCGUUGACAUCAUUUUGAGGACAUAACUUCUUACAAGACUAAUGUACAAGAAAUUAUUUGACCAUGAAGUCGGUGAUACGAGGAGCGUCAAGGACGAAUUAUUUCUUUUCUACAAACAUUAUUUCAUUCUCUAUUUUAACAAGCUCACCUUGCUCUUUGUUUCUACGUUAAAAUGAACGUGAAUUAUUUUUUUAAUCGUAAUUAUGGAUGUAGGGAAUAAUACCACGGUAAAAUAAUAAUUUUCGCUUGAUUAUUUUUUAUUUACAGUAAUUAACGAUGCUGAAAUACGGGUAUGUGAAGAUUCAAAUUUUUAAAAACCGAAUCGACUGUUUCGAGCAUCGAUUCGAGCGCUCGAUGGCUCGAUGUAUCGAGAAGUUUGCAGAAAGUCGAAAUUGUGAAAGUAUGUAAUGGCGAUCAAUAGACGCUAGCAACAGCUGUUUUGUCACACAUGUUAACUUUAUGAAGAUAGUGUAUUAGAGAGUUCGCCAGUUUUCAGAGAUAAGGAUUUGUUAAAAUGUCAAAUUGGACUGAAAGCAAUGGUCCUGUUCCAGCACGAUGGUUGCACUGUCCACGAAAAGCAGUCAAUUUAAUUCAGAAUAAGUUUCUUGCGUUUAAGACACCACUAUCAUCUGCAUUUGAUAACCAAGUGCCAGAAGAAUGUCGUUUUACAGUGGAUAUGCUACUUGCUUCCUUAAAAAGUCAAAGAUUAAAAUUAGGCCUAUGGAUCGAUCUGACAAAUACUUCAAGAUUCUAUGACAAAAAGAGCUUAGAAUCGUAUGGUUGUAAAUAUUUGAAAUUACAAUGCAGAGGACAUGGUGAAACACCUUCGAAAGAACAAACAAAAACUUUUAUACAAGUUUGUAAAAAUUUCAUAUCGCAUAAUCCAUUGGAAAUCAUUGGUGUCCAUUGUACACAUGGUUUCAAUAGAACUGGUUUCCUUAUAGUCAGUUAUCUGGUAGAAACUGAUGGCAGUAGUGUUGAUGCUGCUUUAGCAGAAUUUUCUACCGCGAGACCACCAGGAAUAUAUAAAGCUGAUUACAUUCAAGAGUUGUUUAGACGAUAUGACGAUGUAGAAGAUGCUCCUGAUCCUCCAGCUAGACCAGCUUGGUGUUUGGAAUACGAUGAUUCUCUUACACACGAUGCCCCUGAUGAACAACAAGGCCCUAGUAAGAGAAGAAGGACUGAAUUUAAUAACAAGAACCCAAUAUUUAUGGCUGGUGUUCCUGGUGUAACUGUUGUUUCGGAUAAUGCGAAAUUGCGUAGAGUACAAAAACGUGUUCAAAAAAUAUGUAGUUGGGCAACGACUGGAUUCCCAGGUUCUCAACCUGUUUCGAUGGAUGAAAGUAAUAUUGCAUUAUUGCAUGAAAAACCUUACAUGGUAUCGUGGAAAGCAGAUGGAACAAGGUAUAUGAUGUUUAUACAAGAGGAUGGAGAAGUUUAUUUUGUAGAUAGAGAUAACAGUGUAUUCCAAGCUAGUAAAAUGACAUUUCCACAUCCAAAAGAGACAUCUAGAACCCUUAAGGAUACACUGCUAGACGGUGAAAUGGUAAUUGACAAGGCAUACGGUAAAGAGUAUCCAAGAUAUUUAGUUUAUGAUGUAAUAAUGUAUGAUGGUAAAGAUGUGAGUAAAUUACCAUUCUUCCCUCAACGUUUUGAUAUCAUUGAUCAGUAUAUUAUGGGUGGUAGAAAGAAAGCUAUGAAAGAAGGAAGAUUGCAAAAGGAAGUAGAACCUUUUUCAAUACGGUUAAAACCCUUUUGGGAUGUAACACAAGCUGGUACAUUGUUAAGUGAUAAAUUUGCUAAACAGCUUGGCCAUGAACCUGAUGGUUUAAUUUUUCAACCUGCUGAAGAUCCAUAUUGUCCUGGGAUUUCUCCAAAAGUUUUAAAGUGGAAACCUUUAUCUCUUAAUUCUGUUGAUUUUAAAUUAAAAAUAGUUACAGAAUCUGGAGAAGGAAUUGUUCCAAAAAAAGUUGGACAUCUAUAUGUAGGUGGAUUAAAUGUGCCAUAUGGUAAAAUGGAUUUCUCCAAACAAAUAAAGGGUUUAGAUAAUGCAAUUAUAGAAUGUAAAGUUGAAAAUGGUAAAUGGGUUUUUAUGCGUGAAAGAACAGAUAAAUCAUUUCCCAAUUCUGUGAACACAGCUGAAUCUGUAUGUAGAAGUAUCAGGAAACCGAUAACGACUGAAAUUCUCCUAAAUUAUAUUAAACGUGAUAGAUUUAUAAAUGAUCUAAUGCCACCGCCAAAUAAAAACCCACAUAGGUGUAAGUAAUGUAUUUACUGCGACCUGCUAAGCGGUUUUGAAGUAUGAACUACAUGUACCUAGGUUACUGUAUCUGAUCAUGAUAAUUUUACUAAUGUAAAAUCGUAAGAGAACUUAAACUGUUCAAUCAAUAAAGAAAUUAUAUAAUAA